AGAGUGUUUCCGUUGCAUAUAAAUCCCAAGCCCCCACAAAUCAUUCCCUUCAUCUCAAUCCCCAUCUCUCUCUCUCCUUUCCUCUCACUCUCUCUCUUUCUCUCUCUCCUCUUUUUCUCUUCCUCAACCCCCCUUGAGAAAGACAGAGACAGACUAGUAGAGAAAGAAGUGGUGAGAAAGGGAGACAAGGGGAAGAGACCAGUCUUGCCCAGAUAAACUAGCCAUGGCCGGGGAACAAUUACAGGUGCUCAACGCACUUGAUGUAGCGAAAACGCAAUGGUACCAUUUCACUGCUAUUAUUAUUGCCGGAAUGGGUUUCUUCACCGAUGCAUAUGAUCUCUUUUGCAUAUCACUAGUAACCAAAUUGCUUGGCCGCAUAUACUACCAUGUCGAUGGUGCACCUAAGCCCGGUUCUUUACCCCCCAAUGUCUCAGCCGCUGUCAAUGGUGUCGCCCUUUGCGGAACCCUAGCCGGUCAACUCUUCUUUGGUUGGCUUGGUGACAAGCUAGGCCGAAAGAGGGUCUAUGGAUUGACUUUGAUGCUCAUGUGCCUUUGUUCUAUCGCUUCUGGCCUUUCCUUUGGGAGGGAGCCAAAAACUGUCAUGGCCACCCUUUGCUUCUUUCGCUUUUGGCUAGGGUUUGGCAUUGGAGGUGAUUACCCACUUUCCGCCACCAUCAUGUCCGAAUACGCCAGUAAAAAGACACGUGGUGCCUUCAUAGCAGCUGUUUUCGCUAUGCAAGGAUUUGGAAUUUUGGCGGGAGGGAUAUUCGCGAUCUUAAUAUCUUCAGCAUUUGAUGCCCAGUUCCCCGCUCCCGCUUAUGAGGCAAAACCCAUUGCCUCGACCGUCCCACAAGCCGACUACGUUUGGAGGAUUAUAUUGAUGGUUGGAUCGCUUCCGGCUCUCCUCACUUACUACUGGCGGAUGAAGAUGCCUGAAACUGCCCGUUACACUGCUCUUGUUGCCAAGAAUGCGAAACAAGCUGCUUCGGAUAUGUCCAAAGUUUUGCAAGUUGACCUAGAGGCUGAGGUCGAGAAAGUUGAGCAAAUCGUUCAGAAGCCAAACAGUUCAUUUGGUUUGUUCUCCAAGCAAUUCCUUCACCGCCAUGGGCUCCACUUGCUUGGGACCACCAGCACAUGGUUUUUGCUUGACAUUGCCUUUUACAGCCAAAAUCUGUUCCAAAAGGACAUUUUCACUGCAAUUGGGUGGAUCCCCCCGGCAAAAACCAUGAAUGCAGUUCAAGAAGUUUUCAAGAUUGCCAGGGCGCAAACCCUAAUUGCCAUGUGCAGUACCAUUCCCGGCUACUGGUUCACGGUGGCACUCAUCGAUAGGAUCGGAAGAUUCACUAUCCAGAUUAUUGGUUUUUCAAUGAUGACAAUCUUUAUGUUUGCUCUUGCAUUCCCUUAUAACCACUGGACUCACCCUGAUCACAGAAUUGGGUUUGUUGUGAUGUACUCCCUGACCUUCUUCUUUGCCAACUUCGGACCAAACGCAACCACAUUUGUCGUGCCGGCAGAGAUUUUCCCAGCUCGGUUGAGGUCAACUUGCCAUGGGAUUUCUGCUGCAUCGGGGAAGUUGGGGGCUAUAGUGGGUGCAUUUGGGUUCUUGUAUUUGGCACAAAACCAAGACAAGGCAAAGGCGGAUGCAGGGUAUCCUGCUGGAAUUGGUGUGAAGAACUCGCUCAUUGUGUUGGGUGUGGUCAACUUCUUGGGGUUGCUCUUCACUUUCUUGGUGCCUGAAUCCAAAGGGAAAUCGCUGGAGGAGAUGUCGGGUGAGAACGAGGACUUGGGUGGAGAUGAGUUGGAGCAGCCUUCUUAUAACAACAGGACAGUUCCCGUCGUCUAGGGUUUGAUUCAAAAGCGUUCUACUGUAGGCUGAAAUUGGAUGCGCUCUGAACCCCAUUCUCUCUCUCUUUGCUACUUCUUUUAUCUUUUUGGUAUUUUGCUCUUUGUUUUGGUUAAGUGAUGCUUAGCUGAUGGUUAGAGGUCCUGUUACUUUUCGAAGUUGAAUUGUUAUAUGACACAAGUAUCAGCUGUUUGUUUCUUUUACAA